AUGGCUUCGAUAGAGAGCUACGUGGAUCACCUCGUUCAAGUCAUCUUAUAUGACGGACGUAUAAUAGUUGGUAAACUCAAAGGAUUUGAUCCACGAACGAAUUUGAUCAUGGCAGAUUGUGUAGAAAGGGAGUAUUCAACAGAAGCUGGAGUCGAAAUGAUACCAUUGGGUCUUUAUAUGAUCAAAGGAGACAACGUAGCUCUAGUAGCUGAAUUAGAUGAAGAGAAAGAUAGUACGAUUGAUUAUUCAGAGAUAAAAGCUGAACCUUUGGGAGAAAUACAUCAUUAA